CUCUCUCUCUCUCUCUCUCUCUCUCUCCAUUACACAAUAUUUGAAAUUAUGAUUCCUUCUUAUUGCCUAUAUUCUUCAACAAGAAAUUACACCACCUCUCCACCAAUAUCAGAAGCCUUAUACCUCCCAAAACUCUCUAGAAAAGAAACUAACUCAAUCAAGCCACCACAACCACAACCAGUACACAAAUCUUUCCUCCCAGUUCUGAGACUAAACAACUCCAGAUUCAGCCACACUUUCGCCAGCAUAUCCUCCUUCGCCGCACCCGAAGAAGGCGAAAAACAACAACAACAAUCACCACAACACAAAGAAAUAAGCAGUGACAAUGACGAGGAGCUGCGGGGAAUGGCGCAGGCCUUCAACAUAUCGUCCAGCACGGCCACGGCGAUCUCGAUAUGCACGGCGUUCGCGGCGCUGGCGCUGCCGCUCUUCAUGAGGUCGCUGGGGCAAGGCCUGACGUUGAAGACCAAGGCCUUGUCGUACGCCACGCUUCUGUUCGGGUUCUACAUGGCCUGGAACAUCGGAGCCAACGACGUAGCCAAUGCCAUGGGGACCUCCGUCGGCUCCGGCGCAUUGUCGCUCCGCCAGGCGGUGGUCACCGCCGGAGUUUUGGAGUUCUCUGGGGCGUUGCUCAUGGGGACGCACGUCACCAGCACAAUGCAAAAGGGAAUUCUUGUCGCUAAUGUGUUUCAGGGUAAAGAUACUCUUCUCUUCGCCGGCUUGUUGUCUUCUCUGGCUGCCGCCGGUACUUGGCUUCAGGUGGCAUCAUACUACGGAUGGCCUGUAUCUACUACACACUGUAUAGUAGGAUCAAUGGUCGGAUUUGGACUUGUAUAUGGAGGAGCUGGUGCAGUCUUUUGGAGUUCUCUUGCAAGAGUGAUUUCUUCUUGGGUGGUCUCACCAUUAAUGGGAGCUGCUGUGUCUUUUCUUGUUUAUAAAUGCAUCCGCAGGUACGUGUACAGUGCUCUUAAUCCCGGACAAGCAGCGGCAGCAGCUGCACCAAUUGCCGUAUUCUUGGGCGUGACAGGAAUCUCAUUUGCAGCCUUUCCUCUCAGCAAGACAUUUCCCGUGGUCUUAGCUCAGUCUCUAGCCUGUGGGACCGCAGGCGCAUUUCUAGUUGACAGAAUCAUCAGAAAACAGCUCGGUCAUCUCCUCAAAAAGUCAACCUCAUCAUCACAAGAAGAGCACAAAGAUGACACCAACAAGUCCAUAGGCUUCCUCUCUGACAUAGCCGGUCCAAAGGGCACCCAGUUGGAGAUAGUCUACGGGGUGUUUGGAUACAUGCAGGUACUCUCAGCCUGCUUCAUGUCGUUUGCACACGGAGGAAACGAUGUCUCCAAUGCCAUAGGCCCCUUGGCCGCUGCACUGUCCAUACUGCAUGGGGCCACUGCCAGUGCUGCGGAGAUCGUUAUCCCCAAUGAUGUCCUCGCUUGGGGAGGUUUCGGUAUAGUGGCAGGGCUUGCAAUGUGGGGUUACAGGGUUAUAGCAACCAUUGGGAAAAAGAUCACGGAGCUCACGCCAACUAGAGGAUUUGCAGCAGAGUUUGCUGCAGCCUCUGUGGUCCUAUUUGCGUCAAAACUUGGAUUGCCAAUCUCAGCCACGCAUACCUUGGUUGGUGCGGUCAUGGGGGUUGGUUUUGCCAGAGGUCUUAACAGUGUUAGAGCUGAGACUGUGAGGGAGAUUGUGGUUUCUUGGGCAGUAACUAUCCCAGUUGGUGCUAUGUUAUCUGUUCUCUACACAUGGAUCUUGACCAAACUUUUGUCUUAUAUUUUAUGAGUGAAACUUUUGGACAUUAUUGGAGUGGUGAACAACUUAUGUAACGUGGUUAUUUUAAAAUUACCCACCCUUUUUUUUUAACCAA